CCGAAGGUAUUACACACCCUUGAUUUGCAAGAACGCACUCACGUGUGGUGACGGUUAAGGGGACAUCAUGUCAGUGAUCAUAGUGUUCGCUCUCCUCGCAGCUCUCCUAGGGGAUCCGGUCAACGGAUGCAUCAAAUAUGCAUGCACAGAGGAUGAGAUCAUCCUCCUGAAAGACCGCAUAAAGUACAACGAUCGUUGGCUCACCUGCAGCUACUUUGCCAAACCUGGACGGGAUUGUCCGUGCUGGCUUACAGAGAACAGAGGGGAUAAGUGUUGGGACAUGGGGCAUGCUGCAGACGGCAAGUGCUUCAGAGGGAAGUGUUACAACAAGUACGUGUACGACCACCUGACAAAAGAUCAGCGGAUUAACACCGCAUCACCAUGCCCAGGAGCGCACGAUUAUCUCUUUAACUCAAGAGGGGCUUUUGGUUGCAAAUAUUAUUGCAAGAAGAGUCCUCACCAGAUUGUCAAUCGUCCUGAUGGUCAUCAGUGUCUGAACCCGUCAACGGCACAUCCUGGCGGAUGUUAUGGAGGCAAUUGCCAUAAGAACUAUCUCUGGAAAGACUGAAGAUAUCGAGAAGUGGCUUGAAAGAUGUGAUUGUUUUCGUUGUCAUUGCCUCUAUGGAAUCGAUAAAAUUUAUUUCCUCGCUUG